AUGCCUACAGAUGAUACAGUAAGCAAGUUCACGAUGCCUGGCCCAUCUUCGUCGUCUAAACGUCCAUCCAAACGCCCUCCCAUGAAUAUUAGCAAUUCAUCCGCGCGUGUGAUGGAUAUAAAUACGGAUAGAAAGCCUCAUAUACCUCAUGAGGCUAAAGUGGAAAAUGAUCAAGCUUCUCAAUCAGUGCCAAACGAUUUGGAUCCCGCAUUUGAUGCUUUGAGGUUUUUAAGUAUGCCGAGGAACCUUCAUGGACGCAUGUCCAAUCGAUCGCGUCCAUAUUUCCCUUUAGAUCCUAGCCUGAAAAAUGUACAAAACACAGAUGACGAACCAACGGAGGAAACUCGUUUGCUUGACGACUCAAAUGGAAAUGCAUAUCAAUACAAUGAUAAAAAGCUUGCCAAGGAUGUUAAUAAUCCUCCGUCAAUGCCAAGCUCUCUUUGCUCCUCCCCGAAAUUUCAAGCAAACAAGCUCAACGAGAGCGAUGAAGAUUUUUCCGAAGACAUACCCAUGCCGGAGAGCCACCCUGAAAGCAUAUCAAGACAAUCUGAAGAGAAACCCCGUAAAGAUAGCCACGACGGCGACGUAAGCGACUUUGGCAUUUCUUCUCAGCCUUCAUUUGGUAAAUCCCCUAAAUCUCCCUCGAAUCAUUAUGAACAAUAUGCAAAUAAUCAAGUUAACGAAGAGGCUCAAGAGGUUGUCGAAGGGCGUGACGAAUUGUUCUUACCCAUCUCCACGCAUCAUCUUCAUGAUCCGGAUUUCUCCAUUAUGGAUGAGUGGGCAGCAAAGAUGAAAGAAACAGUUGAUGAAUUCACCGAUGAAGAAUCUGAUCAUCGUAAGGAGCGAAAUAGAAAAAUGAGCGAACCAUUGCUUGUCAAUGGUCGAUAUCGUAUUCGCGAUCGAUGGGCUCAAUUACGAAAAUCUGAGGUUGAUCGUCCUUACAGAUUUACAUUCUUUACGGAAGAAUUGCCAUCGACGAUUCAUUCUCAUGAAAUGUGGGAACUUGCACAUGAUAAUCAAACAUUUGAGAACCUUUUCCGAUCCGGUGGAACUUGGUGGUUAGAUGUCUCGUCCCCCAAAGAAGAAGAAAUACGUAUCCUUGCGAAGACAUUUGGUAUUCAUCCUUUGACAGUGGAGGAUAUAACCAUGGCGGAAGAUCGCGAAAAGGUAGAGCUUUUCCGAUCUUACUAUUUUGUAACAUUCCGAUCUUUUAAUCAGCUUCCUUCUGGGCCCGAGUACUUGAAGCCAUUGAACUUUUAUCUCGUUGUGUUCCGCGACGGAAUUCUUACUUUUCACAUGAAUCCAACCCCACACCCAGCGAACGUACGCCGGAGAAUUCGCCAAUUGAACGGAUAUCUGACUAUAAAUGCGGAUUGGAUAGCGUAUGCUCUGUUAGAUGAUACUACAGAUGCAUUUGCUCCCUUUAUCGAGAAGAUUGAGGACGAAGUAGAUACGAUUGAUGAAAUUAUUUUGGGUAUUCAUCACGAACACGUUUUAGAGGUAAAGCCUCAGGAAAGUAUGCUGAAACGUGUUGGUGAAUGUAGAAAACUAAUUAUGAGCUUACUGAGGCUACUUGCAAAUAAAGCUGAUGUUGUUCGAGGUUUAUCAAAACGAUGCAAUGAAUCUUGGCAAGUCGCACCUAGGGGAGAAAUUGCUCUUUAUCUUGGUGAUGUUCAAGAUCAUAUUGUGACAAUGGUUCAAAACUUGAAUCAUUAUGAAAAAAUUCUAUCGAGAAGUCAUUCCAACUACUUGGCUCAGAUCUCAAUCAAUAUGACAUUGGUGUCAAAUGAAACAAACGAAGUCUUGUCCCGAUUAACAAUAUUGGGUACCAUUCUUAUUCCUUUGAACCUGGUGACAGGUCUCUGGGGUAUGAACGUUCAGGUUCCAGGUCAAGAUGUUCCUGGCCUUCAAUGGUUUUUUGGUAUUCUUGGAAGUCUUAUACUAUUUGCAGUGUUUUCAGUACUUCUUUGUAAAUGGUAUCAAGUGAUCUAA